UUAUUUUUAAAAUCAAAAUCGAAUGAUCUCAUUUCAGAUUGACGAUGCCCAGUUCCUUGCCUCUUAAGUAGCCCGCGACUCUUCGUUUCACACAAUCGAUCAAUUUUUCCACUCUCAGGAUUCUGUCGAUCCCGAUCACUGAUGAUGGGUUUCCAGAAGGUUUACGAAGUUCUGAGCCAGCUAUUUCCUGAGGUUGAUUAUCGGAUUCUAAGGGCUGUGGCCCUUGAAAAUCAUAACGAUGUUAAUGAAGCUGUUAAUGACAUUCUCAUAGAGAUUAUCCCUCGUUUAUAUGAAGAAACCAAUUUACCCUCUAAGGAUACUUCUCUUGAGGUUGCAUCUAACAUAGAAGUUGAGAAUAAAACGAAGUCGGAUUCUGAAGUAGGACUGAAUCAUGUAGCACCUAGAAACUCAAGUGGUUUGGUCUAUGAAGAUCGUGAUCAUGAACAAAUUCAUCAAAUUGGCACACACUUGAAACAAGUGACUGAGGAUAUCGAAGGGGAUAAGCAAUUAUUUGAUGGAGUUGAUGGAAGCUUGAAUGAUUGUAAUUCUCAUCUUAUUCGUGAUUCGAACACCAUGCUCGUGCAAGAAUUAUACAGCAUAGAAUCGCGUCAUGAUUGCUCUAUUCCUACAGUACAGGAUUUCGAUAGCCAGAUUGCCAAUCCAUCUUUUGAAAAUCAUUCACCGGUUCAACCUGAAAUCCAGAUUCUUUCAGAACCUGAUUAUCAGAAAUCAAAUGCAAAUGACACUUUGGAUCCUAGUCCCAAGCAAGAGUGUUCUACUGUUGAAAUGAGCGAAAAUGGAGAUAAGUUUAUGGGGAAUAGUUCCUUGAUCACACAAUCAGGGGAACUAUGUAGAGUGGAACUUCUUGAUGAGAUCAUCGAGGAUGCUAAGAGCAACAAGGUAUUUUUAUUUUCAGCUAUGGAAUCAGUUAUUGAUAAGAUGAGGGAAUUGGAACAGAAGGAGAAAGAUGUUGAGAAAGCCAGAGAAGAAGCUGCCAAUGGAGGGUCGGAAAUUACAGCCAAAGUAGAGAAACUGAAACAGACGGUAGCCCAAGCCAUAGAAGAAAAUGAUAUGCUUGCAGGAGAAGUUUAUGGAGAGAAGGCGAUUUUAGCUACGGAAACACGGGAACUCCAAUCUCGUCUGCUCAGUUUGUCAGACGAAAGGGACAACUCUAUUUCGAUUCUCGAUGAGAUGCAAGCAACUCUUGAAGCAAGAAUAGCUGCAGCAGAUGUUAUGCUGGAAGCAGCACAGGAAGUAAAGUUAGCUAAGGAAGAAGAGGCACGAAAAGCACUUGCUGAGCAAGACGCUCUCAUGCAGAAGCUAGUCGAGCAAGCAGUGACACUACGACAGGAGGAAGAGGAGAAUUCCAAGUUGCGGGACUUCCUAAUGAGUCGUGGGCAUAUAGUCGACAUGUUACAGGGAGAAAUUUCGGUUAUUUGUCAAGACGUGAGGCAUCUGAAGGAGAAGUUCGACAAGAAACUACCAUUAAGCCAAUCCCUUUCCUCUAGUCAAACAAGCUGCAUUCUAGCUUCCUCAGGUUCAUCUCUAAAAAGCACGGCUUUCAACUCGGCUCUCUUUUGCUUACCUUCAAAUGACAUCCCAUCUGAUUUGGCUUAUGAGAAAGGCGUGUCGCCUACUACCUCAAAGGAAGGAAGCCGAGCAUCCUCUGUUGGUAGCUUGUCGUCGGAGUCUCUUGAAGAAGGAGGAAGAGAAAUAAACUAUUCCAAAGCGUUUUCAGAUGAUGGGUGGGAUGUGUUUGACAAAGAUGCUGAGUUUGCUGAAGCUCCAUAUCUUGUGGAUGCAAAAGAAUAAAGACUGAGGGAAUUGUUAGGUUAGUCCCUUGCCUUUAAAUUCUUUUUCUUGUUCAGUUUUAUUUAGAUUAUAUUUUUGGUAGUUAGCAGACCAAAUAAAGUAAAAUCUCUUGUACAUAGAUGAAAACUUUUCUGAAGGGUUGAAGUCUUCAGACUUAUUGGUUACUUUUGUUUUGCUUCAGUAUAUAAGCCAAUGGAUUUGGAUAUUAGUUUUUUUUUUGGA